GUCAUAUGUAUGUCAUUGUCAGUGAAGUUCGAUAUUUGAUUUUGUUAUUUUUAGUUAUCGGUUGAACUUAUAAACUGAAUAAACUCGUUAACUUAAUUUUUUUAUAGAAUGUAAGCCACAGUUGUUAAAAAGCAGAACAAAAUGAAUUCUCUACAGACCGCCAUAAAAUAUUUUAGACGCGUCAAUAUAGCCACCGCUUUAAACACAUUAAAGGAAUGUAAGACGAUACCUAAAUAUGUAUCAAAAGAAAGCACUAUCAUUAACUGCAAAAGCAUUACAUUUAGUCCACGAAGCAUUGGAUUUGAAAUAAACGAUAAGCCAUUAAGUCGUGUAAAACAAGAUCCAUUAUCUUACAUCCCUAUAAUAAAUCCUCGGUCCAUCUUGCCUAUUAUUGACUCCAAUUGGCGUAAAGAUGAGAUUGGAUUGCCAGCUAUCAGACAAGAGGAAAAGCAUGCAGUUCGUCUUAUCGUCAUCAGACGCAAGAAGAUGAAGAAGCACCAAAGGAACAAGCUAUGGAAGAGAAUGAGACACCGUUGGGCUCGGGUGAAGCAGCGUAGACGUCAAAUCAAAGAGAAGAUCUUCCAGAAUGAGCUGCUAGCGAUGGUGAAAGCAGCUAAUGAGUUCUCAGCGGAGCAGUAUGUGUCCAGCAAGAUAGAGCAAGCCAAUCAUACCCCGCUACCAGCGCGCUGGAGACACAAGCGGCUGCCAGCAUUCAUCAUACGCCAGCUGCUCGGAAUUGAUAAGAAAAUCAACUACAAACACACUGAUGUUUACAAGGCAUAAUACAUCUUAUGGUUAAAUUUUAACACGAGAUGUAUAUAAAAUAUUUUAUUGUAAGUAGGGAAAUAUAGAUUAAAACAAUGAA